AUGGGGCGUCGUCGUCGUCCUCGGACGGGUGGGGACGCGACGGCGACGACGUCGGGGGGUGGGGGGGGCGACGACGAUGAUGAUGUGAACGUCGCGCGCGCGGGCGGGCGCGGGGACGUCGACGCGACCGCGACGGGCGCGACGACGAUCGAGGGCGCGGCGUGGGAUGUCGACGAUGAUUCCGAGGCGUGGGAUGUGGAUGUAGAGAGCGAUGGGUUGAUCGCGCCGAGGCGCGGCGCGGAGGCGCGACGACGCGCCGAGACGACCGAGCGACCGGCGGAGACGACGGACGCGGACGUAGACGAGGAUUUAGACGUGGACGAGGAGGAUUCGGACGAUGGGUGGAACGAUGACGAUGGGUGGGACGCGGGUUGGGGCGAUCGUGGGCGGUCGAGGGCGAUCGAGGACGACGCGCGCGAGAGAGAGACGUCGGCGCCGUCGACGAGCCGCUUGGCGGCGCUCCCGACGAACAAUCCAGCGUCUCGAGCGCCGUGGCGCGCGCGAUUGCCGCACUUCGUUCCCGUGCGCGAGCUCGCGGUGGGGGCGUUUCACGAGGGUGAGAUCGUGCACGUGGACUACGCCGCGCAGUUCGGCGGCGUUAAAUCCGGCGCCAAGGCUCGGCCGGCGGCUCGAUCCGAGUUCGCCUCGCGCGCGUCCGCGUCGUCCGCCACGGUCGCGGCGAAACCACGGUGGUACACCGACGACCGGGGCGUCAAGACCUUCGUGGACGACCGCGGCGUCAGUCGCACCGGCAAGGCGGCGUACAGGGCGUCUCAAAAGCGCGUCGCCGCCCGGUAA